AUGGCAAAAUGGCGCAGCGCAGGAGGCGCUGAGGUAUCAAAUAAAAAGUUUUUUGCGAAAAGAAGAAAAACAAAAAAGAGGCCUCGAGCCUCUUCCUGUCUUCUUCUUCGAGACCGCCAGGCUGCUGCUCUUCAACCCCCUAGUGCAGCCGCUAGGGACAGAAGUUCUGUGGGAAAAAGAAAAAGGGCUCGUGCUGCAGCUGUGGGACCGGCGUCAGGCCAAAAUAGCUGCUGUCUGAGUGCUGCCAACUUGGACGAGCAGGUCAUCCGCAUGGACCACAUACAGCCUUCUGAAACCUACAUGCUUGCUGCAGGUCGCAUAUGCGCAUGGACGACUAGGCGUUUGCUCGGCCGCCCCCUUUUGCUGCUGCUGCCGCUGCUGCUGCUGCAGUGGCAGCAGCAGCAGCGGCAGCGCAGAGUCGGGGCAGCGGCCGCCCCGCUGGCAGCUAUUUGCUGCUGA